AUGGUCGAUCCAAGUUGCAACAGCGAGACACUCCGAUCCAUCAUCGAACAGGAAAUAAUUGACGACACCUCCGAGUCAAAACGCCGUAUCCAGAAAGCAGCACAAACGCGCCUGGGAACAAAAGUGAAUGUGAUAUGUGGACGCGGCGAGUACAGCUAUAUCGCACAUACCGAUCUAUUUUGCCAAACCAGCCGGGCUGGUGUUACUUGCUAUGCUUUUAAGCCGUUG